AAUAAAGAUGUUUAAUUAGAAGAAGAAGGUGAGAAAACAUGAACUUGAGGCCAUGAAAUCAAAUAAAUCCGGAAAACGAACCAGGUAACUGGGGGGCAGAACUACAUGGGGCAGACUGUGACCAGAUAACCAAAGGGGAAUUUGAUGAUUGGAUCAAGGAACAGAUGAGACUAGCGAGCAGAGUGGAAGCAGCUUUAGAUUCAGAUUUAGAUUUUUAAACGGGAAACCAUCUCUGAUUAGCCUUCACUUCGAUUAUUUCCUGCUUUGUUUUGGUCUCUCCCAUAAAAAUGAUGCAACAAAUUUCACGUGAACCUGUUGACCCAGCAAAUCAGUAUGAAAGCAAAUAAAGUGGUAAAAGGUGUUCUGGGAACAGGGCAUGGAUCAGGAUCCAUGCCCUGUUAAUUUUAAUGUAGCAGGAAACACCCUCUUAUCUGAACUCCUCCUAACAAUAGCUCUUCUGUUUUUAUGUCACUGUGAGGUGAGACCUGCCAACAGGAGCAGCACUGUAGAGAUGAGCCGCACAGAAAACCUACUCAUCAUUUACGAGCCGGAGGCAACGCAGUGGGCUACGUACCUUCAGUCAGCGUUCACUGGGCAAAUCCCAGAGGACGGGAUCUGCUGCUAUGAUGUCACCAAAGUCUCCAGCCGAAAGGACGACUUCGUCAGGCUGUCCCGCUACGCCUGCAAGCUGUUGAUCCUUUCCAAGGGGAUGCUGGAGGGUCUUUAUCAGACGAGGCGGAUGUUCCUGUCCAGGGUGCUGAGUCCUGCAGCCUGUGUGGUGGUAUUGCUGUGCGGGGUGGACAGUUUGACCCCGCUGCUAGAUCGGGUGCCCAUCAACGGAGAGGAGUGCCUGCAGAUCUCGUGUGAGCAAGAUGCUCCCGAGUACGUGUCCAAUGUGAUGGAUAUUAUACGAAAAGGUGCAUCAGCAAUGGCGGCAAAUGCCAAUCCCGUGACACAUAGACCAUCUGGAUCUGAGCCGAGGGGCAAGCAGAUGCAGCCAUUUGGAGCUGACAGGGUCAAAUCCAGCAUUGUUAUCGUUCCCUCGAGGGUUCCCUGUGGGAGCUCGUCGGAGUUGUUCAUACUCCUGAAAAAUGAUAUCCCGGCCUACCAGUGUGAGGUCGAGUUCAAGGCAGAGAAGCGGAUAGUGAGAGUGAAGCCUGUUCGCUGGAGUGAACGGAUCCUGUGUGUAAGCUCACCAGCUGACUUUCCUGCGGGAAAUGUGAGGGUGACUGUCUACAGCGGUGGGAAAUCGAUGUGCAGUACUACUAAAUUGCAGUACUACACAAGAAUUGAAGAACUCACCAGUCUUCUGUCAAAUGUGCUAGACCCCGUGGAGUUCAUGUUUCAGGCUCUUCGGGUUUCGUCUUUGGACAAGCUGGAUCAGAAGUUGUCCUCCAUGCUGCUGGAACUGAUGCCCACAGGAGGCUUUCAGGGACUGCAAACUCAAAACACACAUGAAAAAGCAGAGGUCCACCGUGGAGACGUGCCCUCGCUCCUCCACUUUGCCGCUCGGUAUGGAUUCAGGAGCGUCUCGGGCCUUCUGCUGCAGUGUCCGGGCGCCGAACGAGCCCUGCGCACAGCCAAUCGACACGGACAGACUCCUGCGGAGAUUGCCAAAAGUCACGGCCAUAAAGAGCUUCACGUCAUGCUGAAGGAGACGCUGAAGAAGCUCGGCUCAGGCGAGGACAACGGCGUCUAUGAAAUGAUGAGCAAUGCAAGCAAGCAGCGCCAAUGCGAGGGGGAGGACGAGGAACUCUACACGCCGCUCGAGGGGAAUGACGACUCCAACCCCGGCCUGAGCUGUGAAAAGGCGGUGGACCUCGCCAGCCGGCCGCCAGCGCCGACGCCCAGGCCUGAGUGUACGCAGCUGAAAGAGGACAGAAGACCGUACAUUGCACAAGUUUUCAAAAAGAAGAAGACGCCCAGAGGGGACGCUGACGUGUACUCGCUUACAUCUAAACAGGCACAGAGGCAGGAAGGCAGCGUCCCGGGCACCUACGAUACCUUCACGCCAAAUCAGAUGCAGCUUGGGCAGCUCAUGGAGCUCCAGCAGAGGAUAAAGAGCGGCUCGCUCUCUGUGGCCAAAGCUCUUAAUCACAUCAGCGAUCAGCAGCAGGUUAAAAAGGCCACGGCUAACAAGCAGGAGGAGAAGCUGAGCCGGCCGAAAGGCGCCGUCAUCAGCAACAGAGACGACUUCGUGUACGAUAAAAUCAACAAUGUUCAUCAUGCACCAAGUGUUCAGGCGAACGAGAGUCGCAAAGCAAGCCAACCGUCUCAGGCUGAGUUUUACACUAAACCCUUUAAAGGGCAGCAGAGUUUUCGGAAAGCUGAGAAACGGUGAACGUGCUUGUAAAAGUUAUCAAUGUAAUAUAAUUGCACUUUUCUAUCAAUAUUUCCUUUUCUUGAAAUUGCCUUCUUUUCAUUAUGUCAAUAUACAAUGAAACCAAUGUUUUCUGUUGCAUUUUCUCUGUAAAAAGGCACUGUCCGCUUUCUGAGGUCAGUCACAACGAUAAAGAAAGCACAGCCUACUAAAUCCAAGAGUUUCAAACAUUUUAACUAUCUAAGGUUUAUGGGGUAAGAUUUUAGAACCCAAUAUUUGUCAGAGGGUGUACUUUCUUCUCACCAUGACUGCAUACCACAGUAUUAAAAAGUCCCAGUUACUAAACUGAAAAGAAAUGUGGUCAU